GAUCCUCAGACUCAGUUAUAAAAUAUUUAACAGCAAGAAAGGACCGGCAGGAGCCCGGCCGGGAUGAGUUUAGAGUCUUUGUUUCAGCACAUCAUCUUCACUGAGCAUCAGGCAGAGGAGAGCCGCCGCGUGAUGCGGGAAGUAAGGUCAGAAAUAACAAGAUGUCGGGAAAAAAUUAAGAAAGCAACAGAGGAGCUGAAUGAAGAGAAAAUCCAGUUGGAAUCUAAGGUUCAGCAGUUUUCUGAAAAAUCCUCCCUCUUACAGCUUUUGAAAAAUCAUGAAAAUGCUUUAGAGAGACAGUGCAGUGAAAUGACAAACCAAAGGAACUUGCUUCUUCAAACCUUUGAAGCUACAAUAAAAAAAGUGACAGAAGAAGAAGAAAAAUUUAUUAAAGAAAUUACAGACUUCAAUAAUGAGUAUGAAAUAACAAAGAAAAGAGAGCUUAGAAUGAAAGAAAAUGUCAAGGUUGAAAUAUCUGGUUUAGAAAACCAGGCAAACAUUCUGAAAAGGGAAAUAAAGUCAAUGGAACAUGAUAAUGGUCAGUUAAAUGAACUUCAAAAGCAGAAGUCUGAAUUGAUGCAAGAAUUAUGUACCCUCCAGAGAAAACUUAAAGCUCUUCAAGAUGAGGAGAAUGAGGCCAUUUGUACUACCAAAUACCUAGAGGCAGAGAAAAUAAAAAUCAGUGAAAAGCCUCAAAACGAUGCUGAAUGCUUAAGACUUAAAAAAGAAUUAGAACUUUAUAAGGAAGAUGACAUGGAAAGUGUUUACGAAGCUCUCCAAACAGAAAUAGAAUUUCUGGAGUUGACAUUGGCACAGAAAGAUCUUCAGGACAACAAAUAA